UUCACCCGCAGUCCACCAAGGCCACAGAGUCCAACGACCAGGCCAAGCAGCAGGCGCUGCCGGCAGUCUGCCCAGAGCUGGAUGGGACGUGGAAGCCACCACCCAUCAAGUCGGCCGAAGAGCAGUUCGUCAACGCAGCGCAGAGGCUCCGACAGCUCCAGAUGCAGCAGGGCCGAAUCAAAGCGCAGCUGGUGGCAGCAGGUCAGUCUCAGAAAGAUCUUCUUGCCCGAUUUAGUGCCAACGUUGAAGAGCGCCUGGCAGCCCAGGCUGAGGUCGACCAGUUGGUGGGCAAGACCACCGGUGGAGCAGCUACAGCAGCAGAGCAGGAGAAGCAGAAGGGCUCCAACGACGACAACGAGUUCCCAGAGCUGGGCGAGGAGGAUCUGGAGCCGCUGGGACCUGACGGCAAGCGUGAAUAUGUGAAGAAGCCAGGAAGGCGGCCGCAGUCGCAGCAGCCACGCUCAAGCAAGCGGCAGCUGCUGGACAGAAUGCUGAAGAUGCCGCCGAACGUCUCCGCAAGCUCCACUCUGAUGUCAACACAAGAGGAAGAAAAGCACCGAUGGGGCAGCCCAACCAGCAUGAGAGCAAGGCUGAGGGCUCCAGAGGAAGAGCCCGCAGCCAGCGCAGGCAACACAGACUUCAUGGACCCCGAGGCUGUCAGCAAGUACAUCGAGGCCACAGCCCAGUUCAAGGUCAAAGCCAAGUCGCGG